GUUCACCAAAUUAAAACUUCAUAGAGAAAUGAGACUAAUUGGGAGAAAGAAGAUGCGUCUUUUGAGUUAACCAAAAGAAACAAUAAAAAAGAGUGAGAGGAGAGAUCAAAUGCACAUAGUAGGGGAAAAAAAGUAAAGAGUCGGUUGGUGCCCGGUGAAAAUGAGCUUUGCCCUCUGUGGCGACUAUGGCGAUUUGCCGGUGAUUGGCGAGAUGCCGCUCUAAUCUCCCUCUUGUUUUCUCCUCAUCUGCCUUGAUUUCUCUUUUGUCCCUUAGAUCUAGAUUCAUUCCUCCAAAUCCAAAUCUUCUUUCUAUCGAAGUUGUUCUCUCCUAUUUGAGGAAAAUUUGGAAUUCUCCGCCCAGCCACCGUUGACUGCAGAUCAAAUCCUUCACAACCUCUUGGUUCUCUCUACCAAUUUUGUCUCCAGUUCUGGUCAUCUGCUGUUUCCCCUCCUUGCUGAUUCUCGCAUCUCCAAGAUUGCUUAUUUCCCCAUCUUUUCUGGCCUCUCAUCUCUUUUCGUUGCCUGUCUUUCUAUCUCUUAAGAUUCCCAAAUCCGUUUCGCUAAGCUGAUACACACCUACAUCGUCGUGAUCCCUGCCGUUAGCGCUCCUCACAUCGAGUCGGACCUAGAGCGAAGGCAUCCUCUUCUCGCUGAUUCCCGACUCACCCCCAAGGCACUGGGCAGACCACCCUAUGGGCUCACCACGAUCAAGACGGGUGGAGGACAAAUCGUUCCGUUACAGCCCCGGUUGGUUUUGGUGCCGACCUGCAGAGGAACAAAAGGGGUGCGCCUCGGGCUGAUCUCUUCCCUGGUAACUUCUAGGAAGCUAAGAGCGCCAUGAAGUUGAUCGGUUCGAAUGGUCAGGGUAAGGGUAAGAAUCUCAGUAACUCAAAAAAGAUGGAGUUCCUUCACAGGUUAAUAUCAUCCACAGGAGCACAAAUCACUUUUAUUUCUGAAACCCGAACGUCCAGGUCCAAUUCUUCGAAGCUUAAUAACCGUUUUAACAUUGCCGAUAGUUUCGUAGUGCCCUCUAUUGGACUCUCUUGUGGACUAUGGCUUUUAUGGAAUGAUGAAGUUCGGGUUAAUAUUAAGUUCUCUAGUCCCCAUCUAAUCUUAGCCAGUUUUGUUUAUAUAGCUACUACUAUAUAGUUUUUCUGAUCUGUGUGUAUGGGGAUCCUCACCACCGUCAAACAAGGGCGAUUUGGAACCAAAUUACCACUUUUGUUUGUGAAAAUCUAGAUAAACCAGUAGUGUGUUUUGGUGAUCUCAACAAUAUUAAUAGGCUCUUUGAUCUCGAUUACAGUGGUCCUGCUUAUACUUGGACGAACAAGCGAUUUUCCUCUAGUCCGGUUUUUGAAAGAUUAGACCGUUGUCUUGCCAAUGCUGAAUGGUGCACCAUUUUCCCUAACACAAAUGUUUUCAAUCUUCCUAUAAUUCUCGGUGAUCAUGCGCCUAUUCUUGUUUCAACGGAAUCCCAGUUUCGAAAACUGUAACUCAAUUUCAAAUUCGAGAACUGGUGGACCAUAGAAGAAGACUUUCAGAAUGUUGCCAAAUCUGCUUGGUAUACUUCUUCUAAUAAACCUUUCCAUUAUAGGACAACUAAUCUUGCAGGUACACUUAAGAAGUGGUGAAAAAAGAAGAAACCUUUACAGCAACAACUCGAUAUACUUCAAGAGCAGAUCAAUACCAUCCAGAAGCAACCAAUUCAAGAUCAAGAUCAUUCCUUGGAGGUAAAACUUAUUUCUCAAUAUGAAGAUAACAUGACCAAGCUCACGGAAUUUUAUAGGCAGAGAGCAAAGAAGCAUUGGGAAGUACACGGAGACAGGAACACCUCAUAUUUUCACAAUUCUUUGCGCAAACGUCAACGAAGAAACCACAUCAUUUCAAUUAAAAAUGAACAUGGAGAUAACCUUUUUGACCCGGAUGAUAUUGCUCAUGAGUUUGUACAUUAUUUUAAAACUAUUUUCCAGUCGGCAUGUACUAACAAUGGCAGGCCUCUCCUGAGCACCUCUUUCCCACAUGAUGCUCAUGACUUCACCAAUUCAAUCCCAGACAAACAGGAGGUUUGGGGAAUCCUUAAAGCAAUGAAGAAACAUGCUUCUCCAGGUCCUGAUGGGUUCAAUGUUGCCUUUUAAACCUCAGCUUGGAGUUGGAUUGGAGACGAUGUGACCAACUUGGUAAGAAACUUCUACAUCACAGGUAUCCUCCCUCCUCAACUCAACGACACAAACAUUGUUCUUAUACCAAAAAAGUUGGUUUGUCAUUUGCCAUCGGACUUUAGACCAAUUAGUCUUUGCAAUGUCAUUUACAAGAUAAUUGCUAAGUCAUUGGCAAAUAGAUUGAAGGAACACUUGCCUGAUUAUAUUCACCCUUAUCAACAAGCCUUCAUAAAGGGAAGACGCAUUAGUAACAAUAUCAUUGUUGCCCAGGAAAUUGCUCACUCGUUCUCUCUUUCGUCUUGGAAUGGGCUUGACUUCAUGCUUAAAAUUGAUUUAGCUAUGGAUUUUGACAGAAUUGAGUGGCAUUUCAUUGCUUCCGCCCUUGCACGUAAAGGUCUUCAUGAUCAUUUUAUAAACCUUAUCUAUACAUGCAUAUCCUCGCCGACUUUCUCAGUUAUCAUAAAUGGACAAUAUUUUUCUCACUUUAAAAGUAGUAGAGGCAUUAGACAAGGUUGCCCCUUGUCCCCAUCACUUUUUAUGCUUGCAGUGAAUGAACUUUCUUUGGCACUACAAGAAGCUCUUCAGGUCAACCAUUUGUCAGGUAUAUCACUUGGACCGAAUUGCCCUCCUAUACAUUCUCUAAUGUUUGCAGAUGAUUUGCUUGUUUGUGGAAAAGCUAACAUGCAGGAAGCAACUUCCAUAUCCCGCAUCUUGAAUCAAUUCUGCCAACAAUCAGGACAACUUCCAAAUUGGUCCAAAUCAGGAGUAAAGGAAGAACCAACUACAAAGAGUCUUUGUCUUAGAGCAUGGGCUGACAUUUGCAUAGAAAAAAGUAUUGGUGGCUUAGGUGUGAGAAACUUGUAGGCCAUUAAUCAAAGUUUAGUUCUUUCGGUGUCAUGGAGGUUAGCAAAGGAACCCGAGAAUCAUCUUGCGCUUAUCCUUAAGUCAAAAUACCACAGUGAUACAUCCAUUUGAGGGCGAAGCAAAACAUACCAAAAUCUACCUUCUGGACAACAAUUUUUAAGGUAAGGCCGCUUCUAAUCUCAGCUUCUUUUUACCAAAUUGUGGAUGGCAGUAGCUCCAUAUGGAGUUCUCCUUGGUUCUCGCAGUGGCAAACUAUUUAUGAUAAUUUGAUCAUUCAACAACCUCCUUAUGAAUACCCAGCUGUUGUUAAGGACCUUUGGGUACCCAACCAGAAAAGAUGGAACGUUCAACUUGUUAAUUCUCUGUUCACUCCUCAUAUCGCUGAUGCUAUAUUGCAAACUCUUAUUGUUAAUUCUCCUGGGCAGGAUGUUCUAGUUUGGAAACUAACCCCUGCAGGUCAUUGCUCCUCGAAAAGUGCCUACAAGCAUUGCUUUGAUAACCUUGCGUUGCCAGCAAAUCAGAGACCGAAAGCAGUUCCUCCGCAGAUUGUUCACCUUCUGAACCAGGUAUGGAGAGAAAAAAUUAUGGCUCCAAGAGUCCAAACUUUCUCCUGGAGGCUUCUUCGCCGAGCACUUACAACUGGUAAGCGUGCAAGUAAGUUUUCCAAACACAUUGAUGAAGAAUAUGCUAGAUGUGGUAGCAUAGAGGAUGAAAUGCACAUGCUUUUUCUAUGUCCUUUCUCAAAAGCUGCAUGGUUCUCCUCUCCUUGGUUUAUCAGAACAGAGGUCUUUGCUGCUACCCAUCCCUCGGUUCCUGAACUGAUUCAAGCUCUUCUUUCUUCUGCUCAUCCCCAUUCUAAUAUUACUACUUUAUACACCUUCUUGUGGUGUCUAUGGAAGGCAAGAAAUGAUGUUCAAUUUGGUGGAAAAUUCUGUAAAUCCUCUCAGGUGUUUCCUGUAGCUAAUGCAAUCAUACAUGCCUCUAAGCUUGAGGAUUUGGUGACAUCUCAGGAACAAAGCUUAACAUUCUCGGCUAGCCAGCUACAGGUGCCACAGCAAGAUCCUUCUUUACUUGCAGGUAAUGUCAUCUUCUGUGAUGCGGCUUGGAAAAACGAAGGGAGCAACAAAUCGUCUUCGGCAGGCAUUGGCAUCAUCAUCCAAACUAGAGGCAAUCAACACUACAAUGAACUGCAUAUCUCAGCCUUAUCACCACCUGUGUCUUCUCCACUCCAGGCUGAAGCAUUUGGGCUACUCCUAGCUACCAUGCUAGCUGAAAGACUUCACAUACAGGAACCACGAUUCUACACCGAUUGCUCUGUCUUGGCUUCAGAAGCAGCGACGACAUCCAUUUUUGAGGAUUCGGGUCAUUGGGUCAUUAGACCUAUCCUUGCAUCUAUUCGAGCAUCAUCAGCUUUCUGUGCUAGUAGGAUAGCUCAUACCAACAGAUGCUUCAAUGUAAAGGCUCAUCAUCAGGCAAAACUAGCAUGUAAAAUUCAGACAAGAUCCCUAGCUGUUAGGUGCCUAUCUUCAGAUACAGGUUUUUUUCCUGGUAGAGAUGUUCUAUCCAUGUCCAGUGUGAAACCAUUCACACUCCUCUCUGUAAAAUGUUGCUAGUUCAAUAAAAAUCCUUGUGUUAAAAAAA